UAAAUUGCUUAGAAUAUAUAUGAAUUUAGUAUAGAAAUGAUUAAUUCGAUUUAACUCAUCUUAAAUUUGUGUUAAUAAACCAGAGUGGAGUAUAUCUCUAAUUCUCUAGUGCUAAAUUUAAAUAAAUAAGUGACAAGUGUAAAUUGUUACUUUUCCAAUAGUUUUAUUUAUAUUGCCAAACAGAUUAAUAAGCUAAGUGUUAUCUUAGACCUAUGGCGUCCUUAUCAUUACCAAGAGUGCUACAGUUGAAGAAAAAUAGCCUUGACGCCGAACGUGAACAGUUCGAAAAGUUCCAGACAUUGGCCAUUCAAAAGGCGGUCAAUUCGAUCGAGACACCGGUGAAAGAGAAACAUGUCAGAAGCACAAUCAUUGGCACGUUUCAAGAGCAGAGCGCCGCCACGUAUUGGAUGGUCGCGAUACGGCAGCCCCUGCAAGACAACCGCAUUGUGGCCUGGAAGUUCUGCCACGUGACACACAAGCUGCUACGUGAGGGACACCCCGCCUGUCUGGAUGACUCACAGCGCCACAUCCCUAUGAUAGAGAACCUCGGCAAGUUGUGGAUGCACCUCAGGGAAGGCUACGGUAGAUUGAUCCACCUCUACUGCAUUCUGCUAAUGAGCAAAUUGAAGUUCCACGCAAGAAACCCAAGGUUCCCGGGAAACUUGCAGCUCACAACGGAAGAAUUGGAUUCCAUCACCGAAAAUGAUGUUAAUAUUUACUUCCAGCUCUGUGUUGAACUAUUCGAUUAUAUGGAUGAUAUUCUUAAUUUACAAGCCGCAGUGUUCGACAGCCUGGGCAACGCGCGCGCCAACUCGAUGACGGCGAGCGGCCAGUGCCGGCUGGCGGCCCUCAUCCCGUGUGCGCAGGACUCGUCCCAGAUCUACGACCUCAACGUGCGCCUGCUGUUCCGGCUGCACGCCGCGCUGCCGCCCGACACGCUGGCCGGACACAGGGAGAGAUUCCGACAGCAGUUCAAGAAGCUGAGUUCGUUCUACAAGCACGCGAGCAGCUUGCAGUACUACAGAAACCUCUUGACGCUUCCUGUACUGCCGUCAAACCCACCUAACUUCCUCCUUCAGAGUGACUUCGGUACCUACGUGACCCCAGUCGUGUCCAUCCCGGAGCUUCCGCCAGAUGAAGUGGACACGGUUGGCUCGCUCAUCGACACAUCUGAUACUAUGAGCCAGGUGAUACCGGAACGGUCGGACUCGUUAGAUACCCGCACCACGCCGUCGCCUGUGCCCGACCCCAUACUGGAGCGGGACAAACUGAUCGAGCAUCUGCAGAACGAACUCAGGAGGAUGAGGACGGAUGUAUCACAGAUAGUGCAGGAGAGGAACACGAUGCUUGGUUCAAUGCGGGAACACUCCACGCGAAUUGAGGCACAAUUGCAAGCUACUAAGAAUGAGCUUGUGGAAGAGAGGCAGAAAGCUGAUACACUGGCUGUUGAAAUUCCAGUAAUUCAAAAGAGGCUUAAGGAAACCGAAGAAAAGGCUAAAGUGACAGACGAUAAAUUCCAAAAGUUAAAAGGUGCAUACACACAACUGCGAGAAGAACAUAUUAAUCUUAUAAGACAGAAAGCUGAAGUUGAUAAAUUGACGACAAGUCUCCGAGCGGCCGCAGCUCAACAUGAAAGUGCCAAAACGAUGUUACAACAACAGCUGAAUGACCAAAUGAAAGAUGUUGAACUCCUUCAGCAAAAAGCAUCGUCAAGUGAAGAGGUUGAAGCGUAUAAGACGGAAUUACUUAAUCUCAGAAGUGACCUCGAACAGUCUCGGCAAAAAGAAGUUGAAUUGGAAACAUUGAAAGCCUCAAUGGAAGCAUUGCAAAUAGAACAAAAAACAACUACUGCAGAACAAGAAGAGAAAAUUUCUUUUAUAACGAAUGAAUUAAAAGAACUGUCUGAAAACUUUGAAAGAAUAAAAAAAGAAAAAGCCGAAAGAGAUGAAGAAAUAGCUAAAGUAAAAGAUGAAUUGAAUAGUGUAAGAGACAAAAGUGGCGAAGAGUAUAAAAAAGUUUGCGAAGAAAAGGAUACAGCACUUAAACAAUUAUCAGAGUUAACUAUUAAAUAUCAGCAGGAGAAAGAGGCUCACACUCAUCAUACUAAUAAUUUAGACUCAGAAAUUGAACUUUUGACUAAGAAAUUAAAUGACGCUGAAGUUUCUUUACAAAACGAAUGCAGACAUACUAGUGAAUUACUAAAAGAUAAAAGAUCUGAAUACCAGAAUAGUUUAAAUAAAAAAGAUUUAGAGAUUAAAGAAUACGUGGACCAAAUUACUGCUUUUAAAGACAAACUAGUAAACUCGACAACAACUUACGAAAAUGCUAUAUUGUGUAAAGAACAAGAAAUAAACAAGUUACGGAUAGACAUAGAGGAAAUCCAGAAAGAGACUGAAUUAUCCACUUCCAGUUUACAAUUAGAAUUAGAAUCAAAAAAAUCUGAGCUUGAAAAAGUACUUUCUGAUAAACUACGCCUUGAUAAUUUGUUGUCUGAAGAACGAUCAAAAGUAAUUGACUUCCAAUCUAAAUUGGAAGACGCAAAACGUGAAAAGAUUGAGGAGUUAUCACGGCUUCAGACGAAAAUUGAAGCGAUGGCUGUAGAAUACAAAUCAGAACUAAAUGAAAAGUUAAAUUUGAACUUCAUGUUAGACACACUCAAAACUGAUAAACAGGUUCUCCAAAAUGAAAUUGAACGAUUAACAUCUGAACGAAUUGAACUCGGCAAUAAAAUCGAAACAAUUAUCACCGAAAAAAAUAAAAUGGAGAAUGAUUUAAAAUACGAAAUGUAUGAAUUAAAAAUAGAACAUGAUAAGUAUAAAACUGAAAAAGAUAAAGAAGUGAAAUAUUUAUCAAUAAAACUAAAUGAUUUAGAAAUUGAUUCACAAAGAGAAAGCAUUGAAAAAGCUAAUGUGAUCGAGGAGUUAAAAAAAGAAAUUGAAAUGUUCAAAUCUAAUUUGUUACUUUUGAAGAAGAAAAGUUUGGAUGAAAAAGAGAAAUUAGAACGCGCCGUUGAUGAGAAAAUAAAUGAAGUGCAGUUGUUGGAAGCUAGGCUUGAGCAUACUGAGGAGGGGAGAUUGAAUGCCGAGUGUGAAUUGCAGGAUUUAUUGCAACAAAAUACAGUGCUAGAAGCGGAUUUGGCAACACUCAAGAUACAACUGGAGGAGGCGCAAAACGAAAUUAAAAAGCAAAGCUCGAAAAUACUGAGUUGUGCUGGUGAGGCGGCGUUAGAAGUGACGAAUUCUGCCAUAUUGAAUCUAGAAAAUUCUAACACGCAAGAUGCUAACAAGCUAGCGGCUGAACUAGCUGCAAAGGCGUUUGAAGAAUUAUCUAGAAAGUCUCAGGUGGAAGGCGCAGAGGAUAUUCUUGCAAAAUCAGCAAUAUUCGCAGCGCACAAUACAGCACAGCUUUCAGCAUAUGCGGCCGAAGUCACCAACCUGUCCACUGAUGCACAGCUUGUCGAUAAAAUAAACAACGAGUGCCGCAACAUGCUGUCCACGACGCGGCAAUGCCUGGAGUCACUCCAGGGCGGCGCAGUAGACCGCGGGCUGUACGCAGCGGCGCUGAGCACCGUGCGAGCCGUGUGGGCCAGUGCGGGCGUGGCCGAGCGCGCGGGGGGCGGAGCCCGCACCGUGGACGACGAGCUGGCGGACAUGGACCGCGCCAUCGAGCACGCGGCCACGCAGAUUGAGAAUAUGUUAGCAGCUAGCAAAGCGGGUGACUCCGGUGUUAAGCUGGAGGUGAACAGCAAGAUCCUGGACGCGUGCACUACUCUCAUGGCAGCCGUGAAGGUGCUGGUGCAGGAUGCCAGGCGGCUGCAGAACGAGCUGGGUGACGUGAAGACCAGGCAGAAGAUGUACAGGAAGAACCCACAGUGGUCCGAAGGGCUCAUAUCGGCCGCAAAAUCGGUCGUCUUUGCUGCUAAGCUCUUGGUGUCGAGCGCAGACGAGGCGGUUGGCUCGGCGGGCGGGAAGGUGGAGGGUGUGAUCGCGGCCGCGCACGAGGUGGCGGGCGCCACGGCCCAGCUGGUGGCGGCCUCCCGCGCGAGAGCUGCGCCCGCCGCGCCCGCCCUGGCCGCGCUCACGACGGCGUCGCGGGCCGUCGCCGCCGCCACCGGCGCGCUCGUGGCCGCCGUCCGCGCCGCCGGCUCGCUGCUGACUGAGAGAGAAGCUCUGGAUACAUCGGCGCUGACGUUGACGGCGACGCGGCGGCUGGAGAUGGAGAGUAAAGUGCGAGCGCUGGAGCUGGAGGUGGCCCUCGACUCGGAGCGGGCGCGACUCGCGGCGUUGCGCAAACGGCACUACCACCUGGCACACGCCGAGGAGAACGGCAAUAUAGAAAACGGAAAGGAGUAGGAUGACAACAGAACAUUUUGUUUAUAUCUUACACAAACUGAAACCUUGAAAAUUAAACAUUCUUUUAUGCAUUUAGAAAUAGAGAAAAUAGUAUUAUGUAAGAUAACUAAGAAGUAGGUAUCGAAAAUAUACCUAUACAAUUUAUUGCCUGUUAACUAAGUGUACACUAUUUUAAUUUAGUUCUUCCGUAAUAUUUGUUUAUACCUGUUUCGUUAUCGUCUUGAAAGUAUUUUCCAAUUCGUCUGGAAAUUUCUAAUAAUGCUUGUAUCCGUCACUGUUGUAUUGUUCACCGCCCAAAUCAAAGCGCUGUGAAAAGUGCAAUCAAUGCGUUAGCGGAACAACCGAAUAUUGAGUUUUUUCAAAAUUGUAAGGUUAUGUGAAUAAGACACAUUAUCUAUGAAAGUGCAGUAAUCUUAUGACUAAAUGUAAGAAUAAUAUCAUAAAUGUAUCUAGAAUUACGAGACGUCUACUUACAUCAUCCAGCCCAAUGGAGUGCAUAUAAUUUGGAGAUACAACAUUUUUCAACUUUAUUUUUUACAAUUAGGAAUAUGCCUACAUCAAUUUCCGAUUAUAAUAUUUAUUCAAAUAUUUUAAAACGAUGCUGUUGAUUAGAUCGAAAGAAAAGUAAACGUGUCUUUGGUUUUAUGGACUAUGACGUCAUAGUACAUAACAACCGAGUGUGUCAAAAUGGCAAAUAAUUUUUUUAAACUAUUGUCCUUGAAUAUUUUUAUUAUGUUAAUAAUUAGGAUGGAGAAACUAUUAAGCAUAUUAACUGUCUUUUUGUAUUUGGUGCACUAAAAUGUGUUCAGUUUUGUAACUACAUAGUUAAGAGGUAGACGUCUUAUUUUUUGUAUGGAGAACCAAAAGUAAUAUGGUAAAGUUAAGUGGUCGGUAUCGCACACGAAACACGUCAGUGGUUUUUAGUUAUUGUCUCCAUAAUAAGGCUCAUUCCAUAGAUUGGUUGUACCGUCGACAAAAGUGACUUUGCUGAUAAUUCUUUUAAAAUCAUAAUAACAGUUUAUAUUUGCACGAAAAAGAUUUUAAAACAAUUGGUCAGUAUCUAAUAAAAUUAUUAAUGUUACUUGGGAAAUGUAUGUUCAAGCGAAUUUCGAAUUUUGUUUAUAACAUCUGUAGGAAAUUGAUAUUACAGUGGGUCACGAUUCAAAUAUGUCCAUAGAUACAUAAAUACAUGGUAGAAAGUUUCUUGAAAAGAGCACUGGUCUAAGAUUGAUGAGCUCGAGACCGGCAACAGAGAAAGGAGUUUUGUAGAUUUUAUGUUAGUGCUUUUUGUUAAUGGAAACAUGUGUCUGAGAUAAUAAAUUUCUGAUACUCCUGUUAUUAUUAAUCUUAGUGUUAGUAAGCAGAUUACCCAGUUAGUCUGAUGUGUUGAAUAAACAUCGUUUUCUUCUUGUAUGUGUACAUUGGGCUGUGUACAUUGCUAAUGUAGAAAUUAGGCAAAUCCAUGACUCUAGAACUAGAUAGCCUAGUAUUGGAGAUUAGUAUAUUUUUAAUAGGAUUUUUUAACCGACUUCAAAAAAGGAGGACGUUCUCAAUUCGACUGAUGUUUUUUAUGUUUGUUAACUCAGAACUAACCUCGACUGUGUGAACCGACCUCGAUAAUUCUUUUUUUUUGAAAGCUGGUGCUUCCCGUGUGGUCCCAUUGCAAUUUGGUCCAGAUCUGGCAGUGGCAUCCAUGAAAAAACCAUAAAAGUGUUAAAUUUGCAUUCAUCAUGUGCGCGCAAAUGGACGAAUAACUCGAUAUCACGCCAAGCGAUUUUGUUGAAUCUUUUUUUAUCGGAAAGGAUGUAUUUCAAGGGUAGUUUGAUGAGAGUUUUGUUAGGUUCUGAUUGUGGGGUCCAUGACAGAGUCCUCGGAACUCUUCAAUUCUUAGGAGUAAAUUAACGAUACUCAGCGGAAUAUUUGAGUCACUUACCGUAAUGUGGUUAUGGUCAAGUAAUUGUAGUCGAAUAUGAUGAUCAAUGGAACUCCUUAACGACAUAAAGUAUAUUUUGAGGUACCCAUUUCGUAUCAUUUAGUGUCUUUAUACUUAUAAAAAAUACCCUAAAGCCAUAUUAAACUUAUAAAUAAACACCAUUCAUUAAACUCAACCAAUACUUAUGUAUAUUUACCAGUGGGAGGCUCCUUUGCAUAGGAUGCCAGCUAGAGUAUGGGUACCACAACGGCGCCUAUUUCUGCCGUGAAGCAGUAAUGUGUAAGCAUUACUGUGUUUCGGUCUGAAGGAGGCCGUAGUUAGUAAAAUUACUGGGCAAAUGAGACUUAUCAUCUUGUCUCAAGGUGACGAGUGCAGUUGUAGUGCCGCUCAGAAUUUUUGGGGUUUCAAGAAUCCUGAGCGGCACUGCAUUGUAAUGGGCAGGGCGUAUCAUAUACCAUCAGCUGAACGUCCUGCUCGUCUUGUCCCUUAUUUUCAUAAAAAAAUGUAUUACAAGAAAACAUACAUUAAUUAAUUAAAAAAUACUUACUACAAACAAAGUUACCCAGUUUUUUCCAGAAUAAGUAAUACUUACCAAUGAUAAUAGACAUUUGACAUUGUAGCUAGAGAUAUGUCAUUGUUAAUAUAAUGCUCGCUUUAUACCUUUCUUUAUUUAGUAUUGUGUGUGGAUUAAUAUACUGUACUCAGUACCUUUGUGCUUAUUUUUUUUUUUUAUUAAUUUACUUUUAAUUUCUUACUCUUAAGUCAUGACAUUUUAUUAAUUUUGUUGUAUAGCUUUAUAGAGAUAGUAUUUUAAGAAAAAUGUAAAACAUAACAGCUAUAAAUGAUUUAAAAAAGUGGCAAUAAGUUUCUUGCCACUUGUUAUUAUUAAACCUCCACCUUUUCCAAGUCCUGGUAAAUACUAAAAUGUAUGUAUAACUUUUGACAUAAGUGUCAUUUCUAUGACCUGAAUGAAGUGAUCACUGAUUUAGUUACACCCGACCUGUCUAUCUGUAAAUACAGCUGUUGCUAUAUUAAUAUAUAAACUAUUUAAUACGUCUAGAUCAUAGGUUCGUGGAACGUGGGCGAUAACGCCCCCUUGUGGGCGUUUGAGACUUUCGGGGGGGCAGUAGGAGACCCAGAGAAAAUUAGGGGGCAUUGAGAUGGCGCAGAUGGGGCGUGGGUAGAUUAAAAAAUGUAGUCUAAAAAGGCAAAAAAAUACUCUAGAAAAAAACAUAUUCUCAAAGUGGGCGGUGAGCAAAAUAAGAUUGAGAAACUAUGGUCUAGAUAGACUGCGACAGCUGUGAGCACGUCAAAAAAAUAGCGGUGAACUGUGAGCCCUUAUUUUCAAUUUUUUUAAAAGCGUAGCUUGUCAUGCACACUAAAGUAAUAAACUUGGUCUGUUUUCAUACGUAGAACAGCAAGAGACCCUAUCCAGACGUAAAAGUUAUGUAAGAUUAAUAUAUAUAUAUAUUAGUAACAACAGCUUAUAACAUAUUAUAGAUUAAUCAAAAUAAGUGCUUAUUUACAAUGUAUAUUAUAACUCAAUUUAAUGACUAUCAAUGCUUUCAUUAAAAUUUUAUUUGUCUUCGGUAAUAAAAUAAGUUUGCUAAAUAAAAUAUGCUAAAUUAUUAAAGUUAAAUUCCUACGGUUUUGUGUGUCGUAAUUGUUACCUUUAUUGGGAAUCAACAUUCGUAAGUUUAAUGUUUUUUUAUUGUGACUGUAUGAUUAUGUUUUUCGUGAGAUGUUUUUUUCAAUAGAUUACUUAGGUAUAUUGAACUUAUUAAUCAACUCCGCCCACAUUUUUAUAACUGAAAAUAACAUGAGACAAACCUACAUAAUUAUUAAUCCACUUAUUCAUAAUGGUUCGCUAACUUUAAACAGUCGGUUAGGAGUGUUUUUCUCAUUCUGACUUAGGUCAAUAGAAGAAGACAGAGUGAGAAUUAGCAAUGCUUUAAGUUAGCAGACUAUUAUGAAUAAGGGGGUAUUGUCUUAAAACGUCUGUGUAUUUGUAGUUAUAUCGAGUUCAUGAUAAAAAUUUGUAUCAAUUAUUUUAUGAGACAAUAAAAUUUACAGUGUCCGUUAGGUCUUGGUGCUUUUUUUAGAAUACACCCAACAAGUCAAAUAUUAGUAGUAGCUAGCGAUUGGGAAACUUCGUGUGCUAGAAACCUAUGGAUACAUAUGUGAUGACUUUAGGUUUUACUGAUUAUAAACCAUGAUGACCGUAGUGGCCUAACUACAUAUUUUCAAAACUCAGUUUACAUUGUCUAAAACUUAAUCAUUUCGGUAGAACCAGGAAAAAUAACCUAAAAAUGGUAUAAUUUAUUGUAUCACUCAAUACCUAGUUCUACUAAUAUAAUAAAAAGGUUAGACAUGGUUCCCGUGGCCUCUUUUAAGAAUUUGAUUGUAUUUAAACCUAGGUUAGGUUUAAACUAAGACUUUUUGGUGAUAUAAUUACUGAAAGUAGUUAAACAAUUUUGAUUGAUAGUUAUCGGUUAUCAUGAUCAUUCAGUUUGGUGGUUUUAACCUUGAAGUUUAUAUUAAACUAUAUCUACAUAACUAAUAUAGGACAGAAAUAUACUAAAGAAUACUUUAAUUUGUAUUAUAAGUUAUAAAAUGUAUUAGCGUUUUUAUAUGUUCUAAUAAAACACCAAUUAUAUUUAUUUAUAUUGGAUUUGUAAUUUACUAUAUUGUAAUAAAAUUAUACUUAUUGUAA